CCUGACCAUGAUGAUGCUGAACCAAACAGAUGUGACACCAGCCUCCUUCAUUCUUAAUGGGAUCCCAGGGCUGGAGGACAUGCACGUGUGGAUUUCCCUCCCAUUCUGCUCCAUGUAUGUUGUGGCUGUGGUGGGGAACUGUGGACUCCUCUACCUCAUCUGCUAUGAGGAUGCCCUGCACAAACCCAUGUACUACUUUUUGGCCAUGCUUUUCAUAACUGGCCUUUUCAUUAGCUCUAGUACAAUCCCCAAAGCCCUCAGCAUCUUCUGGUUCCAUUUCAAGGAAAUCAGCUUUGAUGGAUGCCUGAUCCAGAUGUUCUUCGUCCACACCUUAACAGGGAUGGAGUCUGGGGUGCUCAUGCUCAUGGCCCUGGACCGCUACGUGGCCAUCUGCUACCCUCUGCGCUACUCAACUAUCCUCACAAAUCCCGUCAUUGCAAAGGCGGGUCUCUCCACCUUUCUCAGAGGGGUGUUGCUCAUCAUUCCCUUCACUUUCCUCACCAAGCGCCUGCCCUACUGCAGAGGCAAUGUAAUCCCCCAUACUUACUGUGAUCACAUGUCUGUGGCCAAGUUGUCUUGUGGCAACAUCAAGGUCAAUGUUAUCUAUGGUCUGAUGGUAGCCCUCCUGAUUGGGGGCUUUGACAUCUUCUGCAUCACAAUCUCCUACACAAUGAUCCUGAGGGCAGUGAUCAGCCUCUCCUCUGCAGAUGCUCGGCGGAAGGCCUUCAGCACCUGCACUGCCCACAUCUGUUCCAUUGUUUUCUCCUAUAGUCCAGCUUUCUUUUCAUUCUUUUCCCACCGCUUUGGGGGUCACAGGAUUCCUCCUUCAUGCCACAUCAUUGUGGCCAAUAUUUAUCUGCUCCUACCUCCCACUAUGAAUCCUGUUGUCUAUGGGGUGAAAACUAAGCAGAUACGAGACUGCGUCAUAAGGAUUCUUUCAGGUUCCAAGUAUAUCAAACCCCAUAGUGUAUGAAAGAGCUAUUUGCCUAUG